CAGCUGAAGAGGAGGAGGAGGGGGUUCUACAGAAAGAGAGCGAGAUAGAGAGAGAGAACGUGCUGUGUGUGCAUAUGAAAGAAAGCGCGAGGAGAGAGAGAGAGAGAGAGGAGCGCGCGCGCGCGUGUGUGUGUGAAAAAGGAAGCGGAGUCUGUAAACGCCGAACUCACUGAUUUCCUACCCUCCACAAACUCAAGCUUUCGGAGUUAUCACACGGCGAAAAGGAGGAGGGGGAACCGCAUACGUUCAGAAAACGAGUCCCCGGGCGGUCCGAAUGCGAAUAAAUUAGUAAAGCGAGGUCGUCUUUUGUUGAGGCAUUUGCCCCGUUUCUCCUCUGCAUGGACAGCGUCUCUCUCAGGAUAAAGUAUCGGCGCGAUAGUGCUCAGCCCUCGGCUUCUUGGAUUUUGGCCCAGGCCGAGAAGUUCGGCGGGGUCAUUUUCAACGAACAGACGUGGAAUUGUGUUUGAAGUUGUUUGCAGCAGCCCGAUAGGAACUUAGAUCAUCAUACUGGCGGCUCUUCUGAAACACUGGGGUUGUUGGUGUGGCCAAAUUUUCCCUGGAUUUGAUUGGUAAAUUCAGAAGACUGAAGCCCAGGCUCACAGUCUACCUUUCACGGAGGCCCAGCCGUGAGAGGACAGAAGAAGGCACGUGGCGAAUCAUGACUGCCGACAAAGAGAAAGACAAGGAGAGGGAGCGCGACAGGGAUCGGGACAGAGAUCGCGAAAAGCGGGACAAAACACGCGAAUGCGAGAGCUCACGGCCACGGCGCAGUUGCACGCUAGAGGGCGGAGCUAAGAACUAUGCAGAGAGCGAACACAGUGAGGACGACGACAAUGAGACGCCCGGGGCCGCCACCGCCGAGGAGGCCACCAAAAAGAGCAAGAAAAAGUUACCCAAGAAGAAGUCACGCUAUGAGCGAACGGAGAACGGCGAGAUCACUUCCUUCAUUACGGAGGACGAUAUUGUUUACAGACCUGGCGAUUGUGUGUACAUAGAGAGCCGACGGCCGAACACGCCCUACUUCAUCUGUAGCAUUCAGGACUUCAAGCUGAGCAAACGGGACCAUCUGUUAAUGAAUGUGAAAUGGUACUACCGUCAGUCUGAGGUACCCGACUCAGUCUAUCAGCACCUGGUGCAGGACCGCAACAAUGAGAACGACUCUGGUCGCGAGCUGGUUAUUACUGAUCCCGUGGUUAAGAGCAGAGAGCUCUUCAUCUCAGACUAUGUGGACACCUAUCAUGCUGCUGCCCUCAGGGGGAAAUGUAACAUUUCACACUUUUCUGACAUAUUCGCUGCCAGGGAGUUCAAAGCACGAAUCGACUCUUUCUUCUACAUCUUAGGAUAUAACCCUGAAACCAGGCGAUUAAACAGUACGCAAGGGGAGAUUCGAGUCGGUCCCAGUCACCAGGCCAAGCUGCCAGAGCUCCAGCCCUUUCCCUCUCCUGGAGGUCAGACGGUGACAGAGAAUGAGGAGCUGGUCUGGAUGCCGGGGGUCAACGACUGUGACCUGCUCAUGUACCUGCGGGCAGCCAGGAGCAUGGCAGCGUUUGCAGGGAUGUGUGAUGGGGGGUCAACAGAGGACGGCUGCCUCGCCGCCUCACGAGACGACACUACACUAAACGCGUUAAACACUCUUCACGAGAGCAGCUAUGAUGCAGGAAAAGCCCUGCAGCGGCUGGUGAAGAAACCAGUGCCCAAGCUGAUUGAGAAGUGCUGGUCAGAGGAUGAAGUGAAACGGUUCAUAAAGGGUUUAAGGCAGUACGGGAAAAACUUUUUCAGGAUUCGGAAAGAAUUGCUCCCUAACAAGGAGACGGGAGAGCUGAUCACCUUUUACUAUUACUGGAAGAAAACCCCAGAGGCUGCUAGUUGCAGAGCCCACCGCAGGCACCGCAGACAACCCGUCUUCCGCCGGAUCAAGACCCGCACCGCCUCCACUCCCGUCAACACUCCCUCCCGCCCACCAUCUAGCGAGUUCUUGGACUUGAGUUCAGCCAGCGAAGAUGACUUUGACAGUGAAGACAGCGAGCAGGAACUGAAGGGCUACGCCUGUCGUCACUGUUUCACUACAACCUCCAAGGACUGGCACCACGGGGGUCGCGAGAACAUCCUGCUGUGUACCGACUGCCGGAUCCAUUUUAAGAAGUACGGCGAACUACCCCCCAUUGAGAAGCCUGUAGACCCGCCACCGUUUAUGUUCAAACCUGUCAAAGAGGAAGACGAUGGACUCAGCGGGAAGCAUAGCAUGAGGACUCGACGGAAUCGCGGCUCAAUGUCAACGUUACGAAGUGGCCGCAAAAAGCAAACAGCCAGCCCAGAUGGCAGAGCCUCACCGACCAAUGAGGAUCUGCGUUCCAGCGGGCGAACCUCACCCAGUGCAGCCAGCACCUCCAGCACUGACAGCAAGACUGACUCGAUGAAGAAACCCAGCAAGAAGACAAAGGAAGAGGCGCCAUCGCCUAUGAAGAGUGCCAAACGUCAGAGAGAGAAAGGUGCCUCGGAUACGGAGGAGUCCGAGAGGGCAAGCGCCAAGAAGUCUAAAACGCAGGAACGGCCAGACUCACCCUCAGAGUGUGAGGGAGAGGGCGAGGGGGAGAGCUCGGACGGUCGCAGCGUAAAUGACGAGGGUAGCAGCGAUCCUAAGGAUAUUGACCAGGACAACCGCAGCUCCUCUCCCAGCAUCCCCAGCCCUCGUGACAACGAGAGUGACUCAGACUCCUCUGCGCAGCAACAGAUCCUCCAGGGCCAGCACCCUCCGGUCAUCCAGUGCCAGACCGGAGCUUUACCCCCGGUCCCUCCUUCUGCAGCCGCAGCUUCCACGCCACCCGCCUCAGGCGUGCCUUCGCUGUCGUCUCAGCCGUCCCCAUCCAUUCCCCCUACCUCCAUGCCUCCUCAGCAGAUACCUCCAGCAGGUCCGCUCACUCUCAUCCAGUCAGGAGCACAGAGGCUGCCCUCGCCUCAUUCCCCACUGCAGGGCCUGCCUCAGCCACCUCCACCCUCUCAAACCGGCCCUCAGUCCCUGCAGCCUCCACUACACGGCCCCAUGCCGCCCAUGGGCCACCCUCUGCAGGCAGGGCCAUCACACAUGCCUCACCCUCACGCUUUACCCGCUCAGUCCUUCCCAAUGGGUCAGUCUCAGGUCCCCCCUUCAGCUCUCUCGGGUCAGACCCAAGCCACCUCCCUGUCUCAACAACAGCGACCUCACACCCCUCCAUCCCAGUCCCAGUCCUCCUCACAGAGCAGCAGCCAGCCUCCCAGAGAGCAGCCUCUCCCGCCCGCACCGUUGCCUAUGCCCCACAUCAAACCUCCACCAACUACCCCUAUCCCACAGAUGCCAAACCCUCAAUCACACAAACAUCCCAGCCACCCCCCAUUCCCACAGAUGCCUUCCAACCUGCCCCCUCCGCCUGCCUUGAAGCCCCUCAGUUCUCUAUCCACACAUCACCCUCCCUCCGCCCAUCCACCACCCCUUCAGCUCAUGUCUCAAAGCCAGCAGCUUCAACCUCCACCCGUGCAACCACCAGUGCUCACCCAGUCCCAGAAUCUUCCGGCAACAGGAAGUCAAGCUCCCCCUCCAGCUCCUCCGCUCCCUUCCUCUACCUCCUCCUCGCACUCGGCGCCUUCUCAGCCCCCGUUCCCGCCUCAUUCCUUCAUGCCAGGCAGCUCCCCCGUCCUGUCACCCUCCGCCGUGCCCUCCUCUGUGGCCAGCUCGAUGUCUGCGCUGCAACAACCACCCUCCUCCAUAUCCAUGCCCCUGCCUGCAUCAGUCACUGCACCCUGUCCAGGACCCUCCACUGUGCCACCUGUACAAAUUAAAGAAGAGCCUCUGGAUGAGGCGGAGGAGCCAGAGAGUCCUCCACCACCCCAGAGGAGUCCUUCGCCUCCACCCACCAUCGUCAACACUCCCAGUCACGCCAGCCAGUCAGCACGGUUCUACAAGCAUCUGGACAGAGGUUACAACACAUGUGCCAGAACAGACUUCUACUUCACACCAUUGGCCUCAUCAAAACUGGCAAAGAAACGGGAAGAAGCGCUGGAAAAAGCCAAGAGGGAAGCAGAGCAGAAGGCACGAGAAGAGAAAGAAAAGGAGAGGGAACGAGAAAAAGAAAGGGAGCGGGAACGGGAGAGAGAGAAGGAGGCUGAGAGAGCUGCUAAAGCUUCCAGUUCUUCUCAUGAGGGUCGCAUGGGUGAACCCCCGAUGGCAGGAUCGGCUCAUAUGCGGACAUCUUUUGAUCCACCACCCACCACCAUCGCCACUGUGCCCCCUUACAUCGGCCCUGACACGCCCGCCCUGCGGCAGCUCAGCGAAUACGCUCGUCCCCACGUCAUGUCCCCCACCAACCGCAAUCAUCCCUUUUUCGUCUCACUCAACCCCACAGACCCUCUCCUGGCCUAUCACAUGCCCGGCCUGUACAAUGCAGACCCCAGCAUGCGUGAGCGUGAGCUACGAGAGCGAGAGAUGCGGGAAAGGGAGAUCCGCGAGAGGGAGAUGAGAAUGGAGAGGAUGAAGCCGGGCUUUGAGGUCAAACCUCCAGAAUUGGACGGCCUGCAUCCUUCCGCCAACCCCAUGGAGCACUUUGCCCGACACGGGCCCAUUGGUCUCCCGCACAUGGCUGGCCCACAUCCAUUCGCCUCCUUCCACCCGGGCCUGAAUCCACUGGAGCGGGAACGGCUGGCACUAGCUGGGCCGCAGCUACGGCCCGAGAUGACGUAUCCAGAGCGCUUGGCCGAGAGGCUACAUGUCGAGAGGAUGGCCUCUGUGGCUAACGACCCCAUCGCACGGCUCCAGAUGUUCAACGUGACGCCACACCACCAUCAGCACUCGCACAUCCAUUCACACCUACACCUGCACCAACAGGACCCGCUGCACCAAGGUGGUGGUGAAUGUCUUGUGUGUCCCCCAGGUUCUGGGGCACACCCGCUCGUAGACCCGCUGGCCACCGGACCGCACCUCGCCCGGUUCCCCUACCCGCCCGGAGCCAUCCCCAACCCCCUGCUCGGACAACCCCCGCACGAACACGAGAUGCUCCGACACCCUGUGUUCGGCGCUCCAUAUCCCAGAGAUCUCCCAGCAGGGCUCCCACCACCCAUGUCGGCGGCACACCAGCUGCAGGCCAUGCAUGCACAGUCUGCAGAGCUACAGAGACUGGCCAUGGAGCAGCAGUGGCUACACGGCCAUCACCACAUGCACGGCGGCCCUCUGCCAGGACAGGAGGACUAUUACAGCCGGUUGAAGAAAGAAAGCGACAAGCAGCUGUGAUCAACCGCGGACUCCCAGAGGAGCAGCAGGACACAGGAGGUCACAGCAGAACAGUCACACACGGGAACUCGCGUGUCCUAGGAACGUUUUCGGUUCAGCGGAGUGACGAGGAUCGUCUGAGGAACCUUCUUUGUGUUGUCAGCUUUCUUCACUAUUCCGGACUUUUUUUUAAGACAUUGACUUUUUCGGGGGGUUAUAUAUCGUUCAAGUAGUGACAGCGUCCUCAAGACUGAUUGUGACUUUCCUGCAUGAACAUACUCUGAGAAGCUUCCCUGACGUCUUUUGUAGGUGCUAGAGAACCAGAUACUUUGUCACUGUGCUAAUUGGGGGAAAAACAGAGGAACAGAACAGUCGGGCCAUUAUAUCUGAAAAGUGCUAUCUUAAAUUCAAUGUUUAUUUUAAUACAUUGUAGGAGGUUUUCAUAAUGUUAAGAAAAGCUGCAGCAUGGCGUUUUUUUGAGUCUGUAAAUAGUAUAUAAAUAUAUAUAUAUACAUAUAUAAUUAUUAUUAUUAUAAUUAUUAUUAGGUGUGGAUUCCUAACAGAGUCGUUAGACCUCCGAUAUAAUAAUUUUCUGAAGUGUCGUCCCUUGUUUCAGAGGGGAAGGAGAUGGCACUGUUCGAGCAGGUAACCAUGUCAGAUGGUUCUGUCCAUGGAAACGGGGUUCGCUGGGUAGAAUGGUACCGGAUUUUAAUCCAAACACCUCUAGAGGUCAAAGCUCAGAUUUUUUUUUUUACCUUCGUUCAUUUGAUUCGUUUCGUAUGUAUCGACAGUCUGCGACAAACACUCAUGACUUCAUGACCACAUGUUUAUUUCUUAGCUGAACUUGAGCAGAGUUAGAUGUUCGAAACACUUGAAGAAGGAUGUGCGGUGCCUCGUGAGUAUUGGGACAAGUAGCCCAUUUGGAAAGAAUAACUAUAUUGCACUGAUUAACCUCAGUUUUUGUUCUGAAACUAUAAUUGGCUUUCUCGUGGCUUUUUAAGUGCAUUUCGAAAGCCGUUCGCUCCGUUUUCUGUGUACCAAAGUUGAACAGCAUUGAGUUUUGCAGCUGGCCGGGUUCCCAUCUCGACCAGUUCCUCAGUGCUUAGAGAUUUGCGAAACUGACCGGACUGCUUUUUUUUUUUUUUUUUUUUUUUUUUUUUUUUGACAGUACGAGACAUCGUGAUGCGCGUUAUUUUUACUUUUAGAUGUACACAUUGUCAAAGGGUGCUGGAAAAGAUAGCAAUCCCCCCCCCACAACCACCACCCCCGGUUUGUCCUCGCACAGUCAGUUUCCCGACCUACUGUACAGAUUCAUAGAACCAUUCUCACUGUGAAGCCUGGGGGGAAGAGGCUGGCUUGGAUUGGAGUCUGUGUACCUGUGUGUGCAUGUGUUCACAGUAGUGGAGAUGAUGACCGUGUUUGAGCUGCUCUCUGCAUUCCUGACAUCGCAUUACCUAUGAUGCAUGAUGCCUCUUUAGUUGCUCUCCAUUAUGUCGAGGCCGUUUGAUAGCAAUCAUCGACUGUUACAUGCAGUAUUUUUUUUUUUUGUUCGUUGUGUUGUUUUUUUUUUUUUGUUUUUCCAGAUCCAUCAGAAGUAACAUUGGGUAUUUGAAAAGACACAUGCUAAAAAGUCACUUUUAUCUCUGGUGAGAUCAUGUGUGGGCCUUUUUCGAGCGUACGGUUCAAAAAGCUCCUUGUACUGUUUUUAAUUCUCCCGGUUUGGUUUUAAAAAAAAGCCAUUGUGCAUCCUUUGAAGAGUAUGCAUAGAACGAAGCCUGUUUUUAGCAGUAUACGCCCAAAGCCGAUCACUUUCUGUAAUUGGACUGUCAUGUAUCUUUUAUUCUGUCUCAGAUGUAUACAGCAUUUUAUUUUUGUUUUAAGCAUUUUCUCCUUUUGUCCCUCUUUUGUGUCUUAAACCUUUGAUGUUGAGUGUUGUCAAUGGUUUAGCUUCUUGUUUCAAAGCGGCAAUAGCAGAAUGUACAUUCUGACUGCUAAGAUUUAUAUAUACUGGUAUCUUGAAGCUUAUUGUAUAUAUUAGUAGUCGCCAUGGGAUGACACAGUGUAAACAAAAAGUAGAGAUAAUUAAGGCAGAUUGUGAGUCCUGUGUUCUCCCCAUUUGAGUAUUUUGUAAUUUUUUUGACAAAUUUGUGGAAUUAAAAUAAAACUAAGUUACACCACA